AUGUGGUCGUAUAUUUUUGGUGGAUCUAGUUCUGGAUCCAGUGGCAAAAACAGAGAUUUGCCCAAGAAAGCUAUAGUAGAACUCAGAGAACAUAUCAACCUACUGGGGAAGAAGCAGUCACACUUGCAAACACAAAUUUCGAACCAAGAAAAUGAGGCCAAAACGUUCCUCACCAAGGGUAAUAAAUCUAUGGCUAAGAACUCUUUGAAGAAGAAAAAAAUCUAUGAAGCUCAAUUGACUAAGUUAGAAGGUCAAAUGGAUUCUUUAGAACAGCAGCUAUUCUCGAUCGAAAGUGCUAACCUGAACCUGGAGACCAUGAGAGCCAUGAAACAAGGUGCUAAAGCUAUGAAGACCAUGCAUAACGGUUUAGAUAUUGAUAAAGUCGACGAAACGAUGGACGAAGUUAGAGAACAGGUUGAAUUGGGUGAAGAAAUUAGUGAUGCAAUUUCAAGACCAAUGUACACAGGGGCCAAUGAAGUGGACGAAGAUGAACUGGAUGAGGAAUUAGAUGCGCUUGCACAAGAUGAGAAAUCGAAGGAACAAGUACCACAAGUUUCACAACCACAAGCGGCCGAACCGGUUGGCCAGAAACCAGUAUCAUUACCAAACGCCCCAAAUAGCAAGAUAGAAUCAUCAAAAGCACAGAGUAAUGAGCCGCAAGGACAACAGCAAAAUGAUGAAGAAGAUGAAGACGAACGUGCAUUAAGAGAAUUACAAGCAGAAAUGGGAUUAUAG